CUUCUAGCCCCUCCUCCUAGUUGAGUCAGUGGCUUGAAACUUUUAAAAGCUCUGUGCUCCAAGUUACAAAAAAGCUUUUACGAGGUAUCAGCACUUUUCUUUCAUUAGGGGGAAGGCGUGAGGAAAGUACCAAACAGCAGCAGAGUUUUAAACUUUAAAUAGACAGGUCUGAGCGCCUGAACUUGCCUUUUCAUUUUACUUCAUCCUCCAAGGAGUUCAAUCACUUGGCGUGACUUCACUUCUUUUAAGCGAAAGAGUGGGGCCCAGGCAACAUGGGUGACUGGAGUGCCUUAGGCAAACUCCUUGACAAGGUUCAGGCCUACUCCACUGCCGGAGGGAAGGUGUGGCUGUCUGUCCUUUUCAUUUUCCGAAUCCUGCUCCUGGGGACAGCUGUCGAGUCAGCUUGGGGGGACGAGCAGUCUGCCUUUCGUUGUAACACUCAACAGCCUGGUUGUGAGAACGUCUGCUAUGACAAGUCCUUCCCCAUCUCUCACGUGCGCUUCUGGGUCCUGCAGAUCAUAUUCGUGUCCGUGCCCACGCUCCUGUACCUGGCUCAUGUGUUCUACGUGAUGCGAAAGGAAGAGAAGCUGAACAAGAAAGAAGAGGAACUCAAAGUAGCCCAAACCGAUGGCGCCAACGUGGAGAUGCACUUGAAGCAGAUUGAGAUAAAGAAGUUUAAGUAUGGCAUCGAAGAGCAUGGCAAGGUGAAGAUGCGCGGGGGCUUGCUGCGAACCUACAUCAUCAGCAUCCUCUUCAAAUCCAUCUUCGAGGUGGCCUUCUUGCUGAUCCAGUGGUACAUCUAUGGAUUCAGCUUGAAUGCUGUUUACACUUGCAAAAGAGAUCCCUGCCCACACCAGGUGGAUUGCUUCCUCUCACGCCCCACUGAGAAAACCAUCUUCAUCAUCUUCAUGCUGGUGGUGUCCCUGGUGUCUCUGGCCUUGAACAUCAUUGAACUCUUCUACGUCUUCUUCAAGGGUGUGAAGGAUCGUGUGAAGGGAAAGAGCGAUCCUUACCACGCCACAACUGGCCCACUGAGCCCCUCCAAAGACUGCGGAUCUCCAAAAUAUGCGUAUUUCAACGGCUGCUCCUCACCAACCGCUCCUCUCUCACCCAUGUCUCCACCUGGGUACAAGCUGGUAACUGGCGACAGAAACAAUUCUUCUUGCCGCAAUUACAAUAAGCAAGCGAGUGAGCAAAACUGGGCUAAUUACAGCGCAGAACAAAACAGAAUGGGCCAGGCAGGAAGCACCAUCUCUAACUCCCACGCACAGCCUUUUGAUUUCCCCGACGAUAACCAAAAUUCUAAAAAACUGGCUGCUGGACACGAACUCCAGCCACUAGCCCUCGUGGACCCGCGCCCUUCGAGCAGAGCCAGCAGUCGCGCCAGCAGCAGACCUCGACCUGAUGACCUGGAGAUCUAGACACAGGCCUGAAAGCAUCAAGAUUCCACUCAGUUGUGGAGAAGAAAAAAGGUGCUAUAGAAAGUGCACCUUGGGUGUUAAUUUUGUUCCAGUGGAGGUGGUACUCAACAGCCUUAGUCCUGAGGCUUGGGAAACAAAGACAUUAGAUUAUCUAGGUUCAUUGAGGGUGUCUGGGCCGGGUGGGUGGAGAGGGAGGGAUAAGAAAGGUACAUGUUGGUAUUUAAUGUAGUGGAUUCAAUGAACUUAAAUUCUAAGUAAGAGUUCCAUUAGGUGAUACAUAGAUAAGGGCUUUUUCUCCCCCUGACACCCCUAAGAAUGGUUCUGUGUAUGUGAAAGAGUGGGUGAUCAUUGUGGCUAAAUUUCUUUUUUUUUUUAAUUUUUUGCCAAGAAACUGAAAUGACUUUGGCCAGGAAUAAAUACUUCCUGAACAUCUUAUUUCUUUUCAACAAGAACGGAGGAUUGUCCGUAUGUCCCUGCUAAAACAUUCCAUUGUUAAAAUUUGCACUUUGAAGGUAAGUUCUCUAGGCCUGACCCUCCAGGUGUCAAUGGACUUGUGCUACUAUACAUUGUUUUCUUGGUAUCAGUUUAAAAUUCAGACAAGGCCCAAGGAAAAUAAUUCCCGUGAAUUUGCAAAUCUCAGCACCCUUUUCACAUCCACUUUCACCGUGUCGCUACCAUUCACUUUUUUAUCAUUCCUCAACUACUAGUCACAUUCAUUUAACGGUAUCUGUAAACAUUUUUUAAACAACUGGGACAUGACUUAACGUUUUUUUUUGGAUUUAGAGUCAGGGAAGCAAGCCAUGCUCAAUAUUUAACAAUCACUUGUAUGUGUGUGUGUGUGGAAGAGUGUGUUUUCUUUGUCAUGUAUUGGUACAAGCAGACGCAGCAUAAACUCACAAACACUUAUUUGAAAAUAAUGCACACACAGUGUUCAAAUUUGAACCUUUCUCAUGGAUCUCAUGGAUUUUGUGGUGUGGGCCAAUAUGGUGUUUACAUUAUGUAAUUCCUGCUGUGCAAGUAAA